CCGCCGCCAAUGCUCCUUUUCUAUUCCCGUCCCUUUAAAUUUCAUAUUCUUCCUCCAGCAUCUCUAAUCGCCGUAUUUGUACUAUGACGUUCUAAUUGAGCCACUGUGUCGCGGCCCCGAAACCGGCCAUGUCUCCGUCUUCCUCCAACAGGACUAGCAGCAAUGGCAUCGACAAGCUCGACUACCGGCCGGCGGCCUCUCCCCGACGUCCGCUCCUCCACCCCGACCCCGAAAGCGACUCGAAUCGACCCUCCCAGGACAACAGUUACGCCGGCAGCUUCUUCGAGCAGGUCGCAGAAGGCAUCAUGGAGCGCGAUCGCGAGAGGCUGCAGCGCCAGUUCGUGCGGUGGCUGAGCUUCGUCUGGGCCGUCGUCAACUGCUUAUGCGCCGGCAGCAUCACGGCAUACUCGCUCUACGGACACCUCUUCCAGUCCCGCCUGCACUAUACGCAGUUCCAGGUCAACAUUGUCUCCAUCUGCGCUGAACUGGGCAUGUAUCUUCCCGUGUCUGUGUUCGGCUACCUGUGCGACCGACUGGGGCCUGGAGUGCCGUCGUUUCUUUCCGGAAUAAUGUUUGGCCUAGGAUAUGCCCUUGCUGCGUUUGCCUACCAUAGUGGCCCUCCUCCCUCGGCCGGGGGCCACGGCUGGGCGUUCGGCGUCAUGGUAUUGGCAUUCGUGGGCGUGGGCAUGGGCACCAGCUGCAUGUACCUUUCCGCUGUCACCACUUGUGCAAAGAACUUCGGUCGAGGGAAUGCCAAGGGCAUCGCUCUCGCGGUGCCAAUCGCUGCGUUUGGCCUGAGCGGCAUGUGGCAAUCGCAGGUUGGAUCGCGACUUCUGUUCGAACGGAAUCCGGAUGGAGGUAGGGGAGACGUUGACGUCUUUCGCUACUUCCUGUUUCUGGCAAUCACGCUCCUCUGCGUAGGCAUCAUUGGUGCCUUCACGCUCCGGAUCGUGGACGAAGAAGGGUUGAUUGAUGACGCGGUCGAGGAGCUGGAACGCUCAGGUUUGCUGGCUCAGAACGAGUUCUUCUCGCGCGCCGCUAGCAUCCACGGCUACGGCACUAUGGAAACCAGAGAUCUUUCCGACUCCACAUUCGACUUCCUGCAAACCGAGGCCGACCGUCUGAAGCAACAUGCCGAGGAAGAAGCGAGGAAGAAAACCUGGCUACUGAACGAGGAGACUCGCCGCUACCUGACGGAUUCAUCCAUGUGGUGGCUAGCUGCUGGCUUCUUCCUCGUCACGGGACCUGGAGAAGCUUUCAUCAACAACCUCGGCACCGUCAUUGGGACUUUGAGCCCUCCUCACACCGCCUCGAGGACCUCUCCAGCCACCCAUGUGUCCAUCGUAGCCAUCACGUCGACUGUCGCCCGUCUCAUCACUGGCACACUGUCUGACAUUCUUGCGCCAGUGGCGCUAGCCUACCAGCACCACAGAGGGCCGGAAUCUGUAGAUAACUCUCUCGCCUCCCUUCCGCCUCGGCCACGCAAAUUCACAGUCUCCCGCAUCAUUUUCCUCCUCACGUUUGCCUUCAUCCUCUCUCUAGGCCAGCUCCUCCUCGCAUCAGGUGUCAUCCAGAACCAUGCCUCCCGCUUCGCCGCUGUCUCAACCCUUAUCGGCGCAGGCUAUGGUGCUGUCUUCUCCUUAACCCCCAUCGUCGUAAGCGUAGUAUGGGGUGUCGAGAACUUCGGCACAAAUUGGGGUAUCCUCGCCAUGACACCUGCAGCAGGUGCCACUCUGUGGGGAGCCAUUUACGCCGCAGUUUACCAAAGAGCCGCCGGGACCAACAAACCGGGCGUCGAGCGCGACCCCAACGACGUUCUCUGCUACGGAAGCAAAUGCUAUGCCCCCACGUUCUGGGCCAUGGCUGUCUCUGUAUGGGUAGCGUGCGGAUUGUGGAUAUGGGCUUGGAGAGGCCCAGUUGGGUGGAAGCGAAGAGGUAUCGUCGUGUAAUAUGCUCCCUCAGAUGUAUUGUACAGGAGAAGGACUGUAAAAUUGAUGAUUAUGGGUCAUGUUAGCGUGCAUUUUGCUGUUGUUUGAAAACUGCAUUUUCUUCCGGAUCUUUGUCGGUGAUACCUUCAGCGAGCGAAAGGCGUUUUAUCGGGGAUGUCAUAUGUAGCGUUUGCAUUUAGAUCUAGUCGUGGCACUCGUGGUAAAAUCUUACGAGGCAACCUCAAGUCCAUCCCUCCUGUUCGAACAACCCCCUGCGCUGAAU